GUACCUGUGACGAGGUCACCGGCCAGCAGAUGACCGAGACCAGCCCCUAGUCCUAGGUGUGGUCAAGAGUGUAUUGGGUUCCAAAGCCUUCCUGGACCCUACCACCAUGUCAGGAUCCACACAGCCUGUGGCACAGACAUGGCGGGCUGCUGAGCCCCGCUACCCACCCCAUGGCAUCUCCUACCCGGUGCAGAUAGCCCGGCCCCACACGGACGUGGGGCUGCUUGAGUACCAACACCACCCUCGCGACUACACCUCACACCUGUCACCCGGCUCCAUUAUCCAGCCACAGAGGAGGCGGCCCUCACUGCUAUCUGAGUUCCAGCCUGGAAGUGAAAGGUCUCAGGAGCUCCACCUGCGCCCUGAGUCUCGCACCUUCCUGCCUGAACUGGGCAAGCCCGACAUAGAAUUCACAGAGAGCAAGCGCCCACGCCUGGAGCUACUACCUGAUACCCUGCUGCGCCCGGCACCCCUGCUGGCCACUGGGCAGCCAAGUGGGUCUGAAGAUCUUACCAAGGACCGCAGCCUGGCAGGCAAGCUGGAGCCCGUGUCACCUCCCAGCCCACCACACGCUGACCCUGAGCUAGAGCUGACGCCAUCUCGGCUGUCCAAGGAGGAGCUGAUCCAGAACAUGGACCGUGUGGACCGUGAGAUCACCAUGGUGGAGCAGCAGAUCUCCAAGCUGAAGAAGAAGCAGCAACAGUUGGAGGAGGAGGCCGCCAAGCCACCCGAGCCUGAGAAGCCGGUGUCGCCACCACCCAUAGAAUCAAAGCACCGCAGUCUGGUCCAGAUCAUCUACGACGAGAACCGGAAGAAAGCCGAAGCUGCACACCGCAUCCUGGAAGGGCUGGGGCCCCAGGUGGAGCUGCCUCUGUACAACCAGCCGUCCGACACACGCCAGUACCAUGAGAACAUCAAAAUAAACCAGGCGAUGCGGAAGAAGCUGAUCUUGUACUUCAAGCGGAGGAACCACGCACGCAAGCAGUGGGAGCAGCGCUUCUGCCAGCGCUAUGACCAGCUUAUGGAGGCGUGGGAGAAGAAGGUAGAACGCAUUGAGAACAAUCCUCGGAGAAGGGCCAAGGAGAGCAAGGUGAGGGAGUACUACGAGAAACAGUUCCCGGAGAUCCGCAAGCAGCGGGAGCUGCAGGAGCGCAUGCAGAGCAGGGUGGGCCAGCGUGGCAGUGGGCUCUCCAUGUCGGCGGCACGCAGUGAGCAUGAGGUUUCUGAGAUCAUCGAUGGCUUGUCUGAGCAGGAGAACCUGGAGAAGCAGAUGCGCCAGCUGGCUGUGAUCCCGCCCAUGUUGUACGAUGCGGACCAGCAGAGGAUCAAGUUCAUCAACAUGAACGGACUCAUGGACGACCCCAUGAAGGUGUACAAAGACCGCCAGGUUACCAACAUGUGGAGUGAGCAGGAGAGGGACACCUUCCGCGAGAAGUUCAUGCAGCAUCCCAAGAACUUUGGCCUGAUCGCCUCAUUCCUGGAGAGAAAGACAGUAGCCGAGUGUGUCCUCUAUUACUACCUGACCAAGAAGAAUGAGAACUACAAGAGCUUGGUGAGGCGCAGCUAUCGGCGCCGUGGCAAGAGUCAGCAGCAGCAGCAGCAGCAACAGCAGCAGCAACAGCAGCAGCAGCAGCAGCAGAUGGCACGGAGCAGCCAGGAGGAGAAGGAGGAGAAGGAGAAGGAGAAGGAAGCCGACAAGGAGGAGGAGAAGCAGGAUGCGGAGAAUGAGAAGGAAGAACUCAGCAAGGAGAAGACAGACGACACUUCUGGAGAGGACAACGAUGAGAAAGAGGCCGUGGCCUCCAAAGGCCGCAAAACUGCCAACAGCCAAGGCCGCCGCAAAGGCCGGAUCACACGCUCCAUGGCCAACGAGGCCAACCAUGAAGAGACAGCCACCCCGCAGCAAAGUUCAGAGCUAGCUUCCAUGGAGAUGAACGAGAGUUCUCGCUGGACUGAGGAAGAGAUGGAGACAGCAAAGAAAGGCCUCCUGGAACAUGGGAGGAACUGGUCAGCCAUCGCCCGCAUGGUGGGCUCCAAGACUGUGUCCCAGUGUAAGAACUUUUACUUCAACUACAAGAAGAGGCAGAACCUGGACGAAAUCCUUCAGCAGCACAAGCUAAAGAUGGAGAAGGAGAGGAAUGCCCGGAGGAAGAAAAAGAAGACCCCGGCUGCGGCAAGUGAGGAGACAGCCUUCCCACCUGCCGCUGAGGACGAAGAGAUGGAGGCGUCUGGUGCAAGUGCCAAUGAGGAAGAACUGGCGGAGGAGGCAGAAGCCUCACAGGCCUCCGGGAAUGAGGUUCCCAGAGUCGGAGAGUGCAGUGGCCCAGCUGCGGUCAACAACAGCUCUGAUACUGAGAGUGUCCCAUCCCCGCGCACGGAAGCCACCAAGGACGCUGGUCCUAAGCCUGCUAGCACUGAAGCAUUGCCCGCUGCCACCCAGCCACCUGUUCCUCCUCCAGAAGAACCCGCAACAGCCCCUGCUGAGCCCUGCCCAGCCCCUGAUGCCAGUGGCCCACCAUCCCCAGUGGCUUCCCCACCACCUGCCGCACCCCCGGCUGCUGUUGCCAAGGAUGACCAAGAAGACCAGGCUGCUACAGUUCCCCAGACCGAGGAUGCCAAGGAGCAGAAGUCUGAGGCCGAGGAGCUGGUGAUCGAUGUGGGGAAGACAGAGGAGCCCGAGGCCCCUGAGGAGCCACCAGAGAGUGUACAGAGUGAUCACAAGGAGGAGACCGAGGAGGAGCCUGAAGACAAAGCCAAGGGCCCAGAGGCCAUUGAGACUGUGUCCGAGGCGCCACUUAAGGGGGAGGAGGCUGGAAGCAAGGCAGCUGCGACCAAGGGUUCCAGCUCGGGUGCCACCCAGGACAGUGACUCCAGUGCCACCUGCAGUGCCGAUGAGGUGGAUGAGCCCGAGGGAGGUGACAAGGGCAGGCUGCUGUCACCAAGGCCCAGCCUCCUCACCCCAGCCGGAGAUCCCCGGGCCAGUACCUCGCCCCAGAAGCCGCUGGACCUGAAGCAGCUGAAGCAGCGAGCAGCAGCCAUCCCCCCUAUUGUCACCAAGGUCCAUGAACCCCCCCGGGAGGACACAGUACCCCCAAAGCCAGCUCCCCCUGUGCCUCCACCCACGCAGCACCUACAGCCAGAGGGUGACGUGUCUCAGCAGUCGGGAGGAAGUCCACGUGGCAAGUGCCGCAGCCCGGUGCCUCCCGCCGAGAAAGAGGCAGAGAAAGCUUCUUCAUUCUUUCCGGCCUUCCCAGCUGAGGGCCCGAAGCUUCCUACUGAGCCCCCACGCUGGACAUCGGGUCUGCCUUUUCCCAUUCCUCCACGGGAAGUGAUCAAGACUUCCCCACACGCCGCAGACCCCUCUGCCUUCUCCUACACACCCCCCGGUCACCCACUGCCUCUGGGCCUCCACGAUAGUGCCCGGCCGGUCCUGCCACGGCCCCCCAUCUCUAACCCCCCACCCCUCAUCUCCUCUGCCAAGCACCCUGGUGUACUUGAGAGGCAGCUGGGUACCAUCUCCCAGGGAAUGUCAGUGCAGCUUCGCGUGCCCCACUCAGAGCAUGCCAAGGCCCCCAUGGGCCCUCUCACCAUGGGACUGCCUCUCGCUGUGGACCCGAAGAAGCUGGCCCCCUUCAGUGGAGUGAAGCAGGAGCAGUUGUCCCCUCGGGGUCAGGCUGGGCCACCUGAAAGUCUGGGAGUGCCCACUGCUCAGGAGACCUCUGUGCUGAGAGGGACAGCACUGGGCUCCACUGCCAGUGGAAGCAUCACCAAGGGCCUCCCCAGUACCCGGACUGCAGAUGGCCCCAGCUACCGAGGCUCUAUCACCCACGGCACGCCAGCAGACGUCCUCUACAAGGGUACCAUCAGCAGGAUCGUCGGUGAGGACAGCCCAAGUCGCCUUGACCGGGCACGAGAGGAUACCCUGCCCAAGGGCCAUGUCAUCUAUGAGGGCAAGAAAGGCCAUGUCCUGUCCUAUGAAGGUGGUCUAUCGGUGUCACAGUGCUCCAAGGAGGAUGGGAGGAGCAGCUCAGGCCCACCCCACGAGACUGCCGCCCCUAAACGCACCUAUGACAUGAUGGAGGGCCGUGUGGGCAGGACCAUCACCUCAGCCAGCAUCGAGGGACUCAUGGGCCGUGCCAUCCCUGAGCAGCACAGCCCCCACCUCAAGGAGCAGCAUCACAUCCGAGGCUCCAUCACGCAAGGCAUCCCGAGGUCAUAUGUGGAGGCCCAGGAGGACUACUUACGUAGGGAGGCCAAGCUCUUGAAGCGAGAAGGCACGCCACCGCCCCCACCGCCACCUCGGGACCUGACUGAGACCUACAAGACCCGGCCCCUCGACCCUCUGGGUCCCCUGAAGCUGAAGCCAACUCACGAGGGUGUGGUAGCGACUGUGAAGGAGGCGGGCCGCUCUAUCCAUGAGAUCCCGCGAGAGGAGCUGCGCCGCACGCCCGAGCUGCCCCUGGCACCACGGCCUCUGAAGGAGGGUUCCAUCACCCAGGGGGACCCCACUCAGUACGACUCCGGGGCGCCCUCCAGUGGCUCCAAGAAACACGACGUGCGCUCCAUCAUCGGCAGCCCCGGCCGGCCUUUUCCUGCCCUGCACCCACUGGACAUAAUGGCUGAUGCCCGGGCACUAGAGCGCGCCUGCUAUGAAGAGAGUCUGAAGAGCCGGUCAGGGACCAGUAGUGGUGCAGGGGGCUCCAUCACACGCGGGGCCCCAGUGGUCGUGCCUGAGCUAGGCAAGCCCCGGCAAAGCCCACUGGCCUACGAGGACCACGGGGCACCCUUCACCAGCCACCUGCCCCGAGGCUCACCUGUGACUACUAGGGAGCCCACGCCACGCCUUCAGGAAGGCAGCCUCCUCUCCAGCAAGGCGUCCCAGGACCGGAAGCUGACCUCGACACCCCGGGAGAUUGCCAAGUCCCCACACAGCACUGUGCCCGAGCACCACCCCCACCCCAUCUCCCCCUAUGAGCACUUGCUCCGGGGUGUGACUGGUGUGGACCUAUACCGUGGCCACAUCCCAUUGGCCUUUGACCCCACCUCCAUACCCCGAGGGAUCCCUCUGGAAGCAGCAGCCGCAGCCUACUACCUGCCCCGGCACUUGGCCCCCAGCCCCACCUACCCACACCUGUACCCGCCUUACCUCAUCCGUGGCUACCCUGACACGGCGGCCCUGGAGAACCGCCAGACCAUCAUCAAUGACUACAUCACCUCGCAGCAGAUGCACCACAACGCAGCCUCUGCCAUGGCCCAGCGCGCCGAUAUGCUGAGGGGUCUGUCGCCUCGAGAGUCCUCGCUGGCCCUUAAUUAUGCCGCUGGCCCGCGUGGCAUUAUCGACCUGUCCCAAGUGCCACACCUGCCCGUGCUGGUGCCGCCAACUCCAGGCACCCCUGCCACCGCCAUCGACCGCCUUGCCUACCUCCCCACCGCGCCUCCACCCUUCAGCAGCCGUCACAGCAGUUCACCACUGUCCCCAGGAGGCCCCACUCACCUAGCUAAACCAACUGCCACGUCAUCAUCGGAGCGGGAACGGGAACGAGAGCGAGAACGAGACAAGUCCAUCCUCACGUCCACCACUACAGUGGAGCAUGCACCCAUCUGGAGACCUGGUACGGAGCAGAGCAGCGGGGCUGGGGGCAGCAGCCGCCCCGCCUCCCACACCCACCAGCACUCGCCCAUCUCCCCCCGGACCCAGGACGCCUUGCAGCAGAGGCCCAGUGUGCUGCACAACACGAGCAUGAAGGGCGUGGUCACCUCCGUGGAACCCGGCACGCCCACGGUCCUGAGGUCCACCUCCACCUCUUCACCUGUCCGCCCAGCUGCCACAUUCCCACCUGCCACCCACUGCCCACUUGGUGGCACCCUUGAAGGGGUCUACCCUACCCUCAUGGAGCCCGUCCUGUUACCCAAGGAGACUUCUCGGGUUACCCGGCCUGAGCGGCCCCGUGUGGACGCUGGCCAUGCCUUCCUCACCAAGCCCCCAGCCCGGGAGCCUGCCUCCUCACCCAGCAAGAGCUCCGAACCCCGAUCCCUAGCACCCCCCAGCUCCAGCCACACAGCCAUCGCCCGCACCCCAGCAAAGAGCCUUGCACCCCACCAUGCCAGUCCGGACCUGCCGGCGCCCACCUCGGCCUCAGAUCUGCACCGAGAAAAGACUCAAAGUAAACCCUUUUCCAUCCAGGAAUUGGAACUCCGUUCUCUGGGUUACCACAGUGGAGCUGGCUACAGCCCUGAUGGGGUAGAGCCCAUCAGCCCCGUGAGCUCGCCCAGCCUGACCCACGACAAGGGGCUCUCCAAGCCUCUGGAAGAGCUAGAGAAGAGCCACUUGGAGGGGGAGCUGCGGCACAAGCAGCCAGGCCCCAUGAAGCUCAGUGGGGAGGCUGCCCACCUCCCACAUCUGCGGCCACUGCCGGAGAGCCAGCCCUCAUCCAGCCCACUCCUCCAGACUGCCCCAGGCAUCAAAGGCCACCAGAGGGUGGUCACCUUGGCUCAGCACAUCAGUGAGGUCAUUACACAGGACUACACACGCCACCACCCACAGCAGCUCAGUGGCCCCCUUCCCGCCCCUCUCUACUCCUUCCCUGGAGCCAGCUGCCCUGUCCUGGAUCUCCGCCGCCCACCCAGUGACCUCUACCUCCCACCCCCGGACCAUGGCACCCCAGCCCGGGGAUCCCCCCACAGUGAAGGGGGCAAAAGGUCUCCAGAACCCAGCAAAACAGUCCUGAGUAGCAGCGAGGAUGCUAUUGAACCUGUGUCCCCACCGGAGGGCAUGACUGAGCCAGGACAUGCACGGAGCGCUGCGUACCCACUGCUGUACCGGGACGGGGAGCAGGGGGAGCCCAGGAUGGGUUCUAAGUCUCCAGGCAACACCAGCCAGCCGCCAGCCUUCUUCAGUAAGCUGACCGAGAGCAACUCCGCCAUGGUGAAGUCGAAGAAGCAGGAGAUCAACAAGAAACUCAACACCCAUAACCGGAAUGAGCCUGAAUACAAUAUCGGCCAGCCUGGGACGGAAAUCUUCAACAUGCCCGCCAUCACUGGAGCAGGCCUUAUGACCUGUAGAAGCCAGGCGGUGCAAGAACACGCCAGCACCAACAUGGGGCUAGAGGCCAUUAUUAGAAAGGCACUCAUGGGUAAAUAUGAUCAGUGGGAAGAGCCCCCGCCGCUCGGCGCCAAUGCUUUUAACCCUCUGAAUGCCAGUGCCAGUCUGCCCGCUGCCGCUAUGCCCAUAACCACUGCUGACGGACGGAGUGACCACCCACUCACCUCGCCAGGUGGUGGUGGGAAAGCCAAGGUUUCUGGCAGACCCAGCAGCCGAAAAGCCAAGUCGCCAGCGCCAGGCCUGGCACCCGGAGACCGACCACCUUCUGUCUCCUCAGUACACUCGGAGGGCGACUGCAAUCGCCGAACACCACUCACAAACCGUGUGUGGGAGGACCGGCCCUCAUCUGCAGGGUCCACGCCAUUCCCCUACAACCCUUUGAUUAUGAGGCUACAGGCAGGUGUCAUGGCCUCCCCACCCCCACCUGGCCUCGCCGCAGGCAGCGGGCCCCUAGCUGGUCCCCACCAUGCCUGGGAUGAGGAGCCCAAGCCACUGCUGUGUUCACAGUACGAGACACUCUCGGACAGCGAGUGACCACAGAUUGGGGGGGAGCGGUGCCAGGUCCCUGCACGAGGCAGAAGCAGCCCAGCAUGGAGCAGACAGCUGCCGACUCCCCCGACUGAGGAAGGAGCCCCUGAGUCUGCCUGCGCGUCCAUCCGUCCGUCCAUCCACUCAUCUGUCCAUCCAGAGCUGGCAUCCUGCCUGUCUAAAGCCUUAACUAAGACUCCCGCCCCGGGCUGGCCCUGCGCAGUGACCUUACACUCAGGGGAUGUUUACCUGGUGCUCGAGAGGGGAGUGGACAGGAGGGAGGCCAGCGGGCCGGGAGAGGGGGUACAGUGAUCGUGUGUCAGUUGCACGCGUGCAUCUGGGGCAGCGGGGACCCAACACAGGAUGACCAGGCACCUCCAUGCCACUGCCUCGCCCCUUACCGCAUUUGGAACCAAAGUCUAAGCUGAGCUCGCGGCCCUGCCCCUCCCUCUGCCCCCAGCCCACUCGCGCUCUGGACAGACAGACGUUCCCAGCUUAUCCUGCCCCAGCGCUGUCAUCGCAGUCCCCAAAGGCCACCCAGCCCACAAGACUGGGAGCCCAUCAGACCAGGUGGGUGCACAAGGGGCCAGGCAUGGCCUGGGGCACGGAUGUUUGCAGGAACCGGACCGUUCAUUCCCGGCCUGUCGCUAUGGCGAUGGCGGGGAAGGCAGGUGUAAAUGGUGUUGGCUUACAGGGUAUAUUUUUGAUACCUUCAAUGAGUUAAUUCAGUCGCUUCACACAAGGAAGGACUCACCCGUGUUACUGCCGCUGUGCAUGGUCUCUGCUUCCUGUCCCAGAGGCAUGUGCCGGCCAAGGCGGUGGCCCCACCAUACGCAGGACUGGGGGGCAGGGGCUCUGGCACACAGCACUGUGCCCUCCCCCUCCCUUCCUUGGGCAGAAUGGACUUGAUGCGUAUUCUGUGGCCGCUCUCUGCACGGCGGCAUUCUGUCAUUUACACAUGUUGUUCCAAUUAAAAAGCAAAUUAUACUCCAGUUACAAAGA